AUGGAGAAAUAUUUCAAAAGGAAAUCAAAGUUUGAGUCAUCUAUUCCUCAAAAAGAAGAUGAUAAUUCUUCCUCUGCAAAACAAAGUCGUAUAGAAAUCAACUUGACAGACCUUCUUGCAAAUCCAGGAUUACGACCUCGGAUUAUGGACUAUAACCCUAAUGAUCAAGACCAAAUCUGUAGAGCAUAUCUACAAAAGGGUCCUUGUCAACCUCGUGAUCAGUAUAGUGUAGCGAAAGAGGCGGCAUUUUGUCUAUGUUGUUAUCUUUUCAAGCUUGAUAUUGGAGAUGAAGCGGGUGGUGAAGCUUUUGUUGGACUUGCAUUUCAUGGUCAUGAUGAAUAUGAAAAGUCAAGUAGCCAAGGAAAUUUUCUUGAACUCUUGAAGUUUCUUGAUGAUUACAAUGAAGAUGUCAAAGUAGUUGCUUUAAGCAAUGCACCACAAAAUCUUAAGUUGGCAGCUCCUGAUAUUCAAAAAGAUAUUGUUAGUGUGGCUGUGUUUGAAACUAUCAAUGUGAUUUGUAGAGAGCUUAGUGAUGCACUGUUUUCUAUUUUGAUUGAUGAAGCUCGUGAUAUAUCAAUUAAGCAAAUGGAAGUUGUAAUACAAUAUGUAGACAAAAUAGGCCAAUUGAUCGAGCGUUUUAUUGGUAUCGAGCAUGUUGCCAAUACUAUUGCUCUUUCACUCAAGCAAGCUAUGGAAAAUUUAUUUUCUAGACUUGGAUUGAGUAUUUCUAGAUUAUGGGGUCAAGGAUAUGAUGCGGCUAGUAAUAUGCAAUGUGAGUUAAAUGGUCUUAAAACACUUAUAUUGAGGGAGAAUCCAUGUGCAUAUUAUGUUUAUUGUUUUUCUCAUCAAUUGCAAUUGGCUCUUAUAGUCGUGGCAAAAAAUCAUAAUCAAGUUGCCUUACUCUUCACUUUGGUUACUAAUGUGGUGAAUGUUGUUAGAGCAUCAUGUAAACGUCGAGAUAUUCUUAGGGAUAAACAAGCAGCAAAAGUUGUUGAGGAAGUUAAUAUGGGAGAGCUAUCAAGUGGGCAAGGCUUUAAAUCAAGAAACCAAUCUCAAACGUGUUGGUGA